AUGUCGAUAUCCUCAUCUAAAAAAAAUAAUUUUACUGAAAUUAGAAUUCUCAAACUUUGUCUAAAAUACUAUUUAUCUGAUGUAAAAAAUAUUAAAUUAAUGUUUUGUGUUUUAAUAUCUUCGAUUUUAGCAAAACAUGUAAUUUCUUAUUUUUUAAAAAAAUUAAUAUAUGAUCUAAAUUCGACGAAUAAUUUAACUAAUGAUUGUCAAAUUAUUUUUAUCUGCCAUAUUUUGUAUUCAAUUUUUUCAUCAUCUUCACAAUACAUUAUUCUGUGUUGUAGUACAUUGUUUCAGUCAAAUACUUCGAAAAGAGCUCUACUAAAAAUAUUGAAAUAUGAGGCAGGAGACAGUAUAGAUUUAUCUAGCGGAAAAACACAAUUUGCAAUUAGUGAAGGGUCUCUCGCCAUGUCUAAGCUGUUUGAGCAUUGCAUUCUUGAGCUGUUGCAAAAAGUUGGAUAUUUUAUUUCAGAUUUUUUAUUAAUUUAUAGAAAUACGUCAAAAAUUCAUUUAUAUUUUUGUUUUUUUAUUGUAAUAUUAGCUAUUUUUAUUCACAUUAAAGGUGCUAUGGUAGCUAUGAAAUGUAAAAAAGAUAUGAACAGUGCCAGAGGGAUUUGUGACAAACUGAUUUAUGAAGAUAUAACAAAUUAUGAAAUCAUUAAAUCAUUUCAAACAGAAGAUUAUCAUUUAGAAGAUUAUAAUAAUAAGCUUAAUCUAUGGAAAGCUGCAUCAUUAAAGCAUAAUAAAACAGUGGUUUUGCUUUCUUUUAUGGAUGACAUAAUCUUUUUACUGGCAGCAUUUAUUUCUAUAUUGAUUUUACAGUUACAGAAUGUUUCAAAUCCUGUUAAAUACAGAAAUAUUUACGAUUCAUUUUUGAGUUUAGAAAAAACUAUUGAAAAUAUUUCAGGAAUAUUUAGAAAGUAUAAAGAAGCUUUAGUUACUAGUAAACUUAUUUUAUAUUAUUUAGAAGUCAUUAAUGAAGAAGUAAAAGGAACUUCUGUAAAAGAUACCUUUAAAAAAGAAAUUGUUUUUAGAAACGUUGGAUAUUCUAUUAACGGCAUACAAAUAUUUAAAAAUAUUAAUUUUGUACUAAAAAAGGGAGAUAAGGCUUGUAUCUUUGGUAAAAAUGGUUCUGGAAAGAGUACGAUAUCUAAAAUUUUGACUCGUUUGUGUUAUAUUGAUUCUGGUUCUGUCACUAUUGAUGACAUAGAUAUUUAUGAAAUUUUAAUAACGAAAUAUAGAAAGCUUAUUACAUAUGUACCCCAAGAGACGAUUCUUUUUGAUGAAUCUGUUGUUUUUAAUUUAUCUUACGGAAACAAUGAGCCAUUUGCCUCUAUUGUUGAAGAAUGUAAAAAAAUGGGCAUUCAUAAGGAUAUAUUAAAAUUAGAAGAUGGAUAUAACACAAUAUUAGGUGAACGUGGAUUGAAUAUUAAUGGUGGUUUAAGACAAAAAAUAUUUUAUGUUAGAGCACUUUUAUCGAAGGCUCAAGUUUACAUUUUUGACGAGCCUACUAAUAAUCUAGACGAAAAAUCGUCAAAUAAUGUUAUUGAUUUAAUUUUGGGAGAAAGGUUCUUUGAUAAAACAGUGUUAGUUGUUUGUCAUGAUUAUGGACAUGUAAAAAAAUUUCCUAAAAUUUUUAAAUUUAUUAAUGGUAAAAUUUUUACAGAAGUAAAAUAA